UUUCGAGGAGUAGAAUUUACACAAGUGUUUGAGAUGGGAAACGCCUAUAUGAAGCAACACUUGGAAACGGCCACCAAGACGGGGGUCCUGCGAAUCUCGUUCAAAAAACUAAAUGAAGUCCCCGAGGAAUUAAAACAGUUGGAGAGCAAUCUCCGGACACUCGACAUGUCUGAUAACAAGUUUGCCUCGCUGCCGCCGUGGUUGGGGAAUUUUAAAAUGCUGAAGCACCUGACCAUCAGCAACAACCGCAUAACCAAUUUGCCUGAGGAGUUAGGGAAGUUGAUUAAACUGGACACAUUCGCCGCACAUGGCAAUAGAAUCGCAUCGCUGCCAGACUCGAUAUCCGCCCUUAGCAACCUGAAGAUCGUCGAUCUCAGUGGCAACAAACUGAAAAUUUUUCCCUCUGUGUUCAAUGGGCUUAAAAAGCUGAAUUCCAUAGACCUGUCCAAGAACGAAAUUACGGAAGUCACCGAGGAGGCGUGCAAAGACCUGCACGUCGUAGAAAUCAAUCUUAAUCAGAACCAAAUUUCAAGCAUCACGCCAAAGCUAGGAGAGUGUCCUAAACUGAGGACUUUGAGGCUGGAGGAGAACUGUCUGCAAAUUCCGGUAGUUAUUCCACUGAUGAGAGACUCGACUAUUUCUUUGCUGGCCCUCGAAGGAAAUUUGUUCGACAUGAAAGCACUGGCUCAUGCGGACGGCUAUGAGCAGUACAUGGAUCGGUACACGGCUGUCAAAAAGAAAUUGUACUAACGUCCUGUGUGGCUUCAUUGUUCGCACUUCACAAUAACUAUGUACUAUUUUCAAUCGCCACAAACUCCAUUAUCACUCACCUAAGUGCAGUUUUUGCUUAGUAUUUCUAAAUAGCUUAAAUUGAUAAUCAACCACCAAUGUCUGUGUGUCAAAAGGCGAUGGUUAAAACUUUAUUUUCAAACCUUGAUAGUAAAAAUACCAAAGCGCAUAUAUAUAUUGGGUUAGAUCGUAAUUCUAAUUUGUUUUUAACUAACCCAAUCGAUAAGACGAAACCUUCAAUUGAGUUUGGAUACACAGGGCUGUUAUUUAGUAGUGGGAUACGACUGUAUGAAUUUCUCCUAGUUUUUGUUAUUUUUCUUGAGUAUGGUCAGUAUGAUAUACUUGACUAUUUUCCUCUGUAAAGCUGGCUUGUAUGAAUUGUUAUUUUAUGUUAAGGGAUCUUUUUGUGAUAUGAACCCAAUAUGAAGCUCUUUUCAAACUCUUGUUUAUGAAUGAUUAAAAUUAAUUGGAAACAAAUUUAA